CUACGUCUCCGGGGAGAGUCCGGUGACGCCAUCGAUGAAGGGUAUAUCAACACAGACCCAGCCAAGCAAAAGGACGGGGAAUCAUUUACCUCAAAUUACAUACGGACCCACAAUUCAGUGCCAAACGGCCCCGAAUCGAGUUUAAAAAAGCCAAAAACGGGGUCAGAUAUGCUCACGGGCUACAUGCAGAUGCACAACCCGGUAUCCAAAGAUACCAAGUGGCGUCCAGCCGAUUUUAAAGACGGCUAUGUGGAUAUGACACACCCCAACCAGCCUCUGAGCAAAGCCCAGGGGUACGUGAAGAUGGAGGCGAGCCGAGAGAACUCUGCGGGGGGACUACUGCCUACCCAUGGCACACAUGGGCUGGACUCACACCCCGGCCAGGCAAACAACGCCACGCCACAGGGUUACCAUGGCAACGACAGGGGACACGCGCACGGUACCACCUCGCGUGCAGAUACAGCAGGUGGUAAGGAGAAGCCCAAAACGUCGUGCCUGGGGACUCGACCAAGCUCAUCUGGGGUGGUGAGUGUGGGCAGUGCCGACAGUGUGAGGAACGAUAAUGGGGUGAGUAUAGGCGAUAGGGACAGAGGCAGAGGCAUGGGGAAGCAUGUUUGCGUGUCAGUGCUGCGGGGUGUGGAUGACGAUGAAGAUCAGAAUACGAGUACGUGUCUGUAUACGGAUAUCAAUCUCCGUCCCGAGAGUUGACCGGUGAGCGUCAUGGGCUGUUGUAUUCUUAUACACGCAUCUCAAACAACAAGGUGUUGCAACGGUGGGGUUGGG